CCCUCUAAACCAGACGUUCCCUCCUGCAGCAGCGACGAGCGGCCUCCCCUCUCACUCACUCAUGCGGUAUUACGCUCUCUCCCACACACACACACACACACACACACACCCCGGCUCUCACCACCACACGCAACCAGCUCCUGAAUGGUGGUAACACACACACAUGUCGUGGCGCCAAAAUAACAGUGUUACUAGUACUGGAAAUUCCGGUUUGUUGAAGGCAUAGUGUCCACUGGUUUUGUGUGUGUGUGUGUUUUUCUCGGGGCCGUGUUUGUGUUUGUGUGGCGUCGUCGUGGUUGGUUGGUUUGUGGUGGCGACGUAGUUGUUGUGGUGGAGACGCGUGGCUCCACCUUACCUCACAUUAAACAUGAUCUACUCCAGUUAUCGGUGACUAAAAGACGUGUUUUCUUAAUCUUCAAGAUGCAAGAAUCCUGUAGAAUUUUCUUGACGAUAACAAAAAUAUGGUGGACAAGACACUGAGUGAGAAAAAAGAAGAAAAAAAAAACAUAUAUUUUUUGAAAGUGAAUGAAAAUCAGAAAAGUAUAUAUAUAUUUUCCUAACAAACUUGACAAUCGUGGAAAAAAAAAACCCGAACUUUGACUGACUGUUAUAGUGAAGUGCCUUUGAACCCGUGUGUUGUAGAGUAGGUCAGACAGUAGUAGCGGUGGGCCCGACCUUCACGCCUGGUCCCCACACACACACGCCUCCCCCCCACGCCCCCCGCGCCCCCUGGCUUUAAAGAGUAGAGUAAAAGAGUAGCUCAGGAUCCCAGCGACGGGGUGGGGGGUAGGAGGAGGAGGAGGAGGAGGAGGAGGAGGAACGUGGAGCAACAGGUGGUAUCCCUCCUCCCUCAGGAAGUUUAUAUGGCCGUGGACGACCCCUUCAGCGCCACCAGGAGACAUCCAUCUCUCACCUGUGUGUCAUAACUGUCCUGGUCACUCUUCAAGGACUCCCGCCGCCAUGAGAUCCUUAUUCGAUAGAUGUAGUGUGCGCGUUGGAAUGAGCUCGGUGCCCGGGGUGAGCCACGCCCACGCCGAGGCCGCCCACUCCGCCCACGCCCCUUCCCGCCCCUUCCCGCCCUACAAUUGCCUGGUGGAGAUGGAGCUGGGGGAAGGACUGACAGGCCGCCUUCUCGACACUCACAACCUGCUCUUCGGAGACGGGUUCUCUGACACGUUGUCCUCCCGCGUGGUGGGCGUCGACGGCAACAGCGCCUACCGCCCCUGGGAGGCUGACCACCCUGGCGACCAUCGGCCCGCUGACCACAGGCUCCACCCGUUGGCGGCCUCCUCUGCGCCCAUCCAGGUGCUCACCCACUCGCCCUCGGUGGCUGCAGCUUCCAGUGCUCAGAUGUCGCACUACGCGCACACCAUCCCCACCUUCAGCGACUCACCCCCGCGGGUCAUGCACCUCACCAUGUGGGGCCUCAACACCCGUUGCCGCACAAGUUGCCGCCCUUCGCCGCCUUCAGCCCUGAGCGUAGCGUGGGCAGCACCACGCCCUCGCCGCUCCCCUCCUUCAACACGUUGCCGUCACCGCACGCCCGCUACCCCCUGGUACCGGCGCCCGUGCAGGCGCGGGAGAUACCCACCAUCCAGCAACAGAUGAUGGAUGAACGACAUAUCCGAUGUUCGAGUCCCCACAAGGCAGCGACCCGGCGCCCUCCUCUACGACGCCGGCUCAAGUCUCCCCCAACACACAGCCUCCUGCAGGCUCCAGCGGCAGCAGCUGCAGCAGCGGUAGUAGUAGUAGUAACAACAGUAACAAUAACAACAAUGGUGCCCAACAGCAGCAGCAGACGUUCGACAACAGUUCGUCACACCUGCGGGUUGAGGGGUCAGUGCGUGUGGGAGUGAAGCGUGCAGGCCGGGCCGGCUCCCUCGAGAGCUCGGAAAGCGACGCGUCCGUCUCUGGCACGGAGAACAGCGGCCAGGUGUCGAGCGUGUCCUCCACGGCCGUCAACAACGGAGACAACAACACCGCGCCCACCGUCAUGAACGCGGGCCCCACCGUGCCCUGCUCAGAAGGGGGUUUUCGUCCCCCGCCCCCACAACAACCGCCCCACCCCAGGACGACCCUCCUGAAAAACCUGUCAAGAAAAAGCGGAAACGUUGUGGUGACUGUGUCGGGUGCCAGCGUAAGGACAACUGCGGUGACUGCGCCCCCUGUAGGAACGACAAGUCGCACCAGAUCUGCAAGAUGCGACGAUGUGACAAACUAACGGAG